UUAACGAGGUGUCAGCUGUAUGCAAGAAGUUCGGGAAAACCAUUAAGAAAAUUCUUUCAGGCGUUGAAGAUAAUAAGCACCACCAAAAGAGACAUCACGGAAUAUUUCACAACAUACCUCCUGCACCUCCAUUAUCCAGAAGAUUGGAUGAUGAUUUCG